AUGGCUGUCUGUUGUGCUGUGAGAGGCGACUACUCUAUGUCGCGUCACCUCCUGGAGAACGCUGCUCCCGCUCUCCUGGCCAGUGACCACUCCUCUUGGGACCCCUACAGUCCGCUCAUUUGCCACGGCAGCGAAGAGCACCGUAACCUCCUCUAUCCCAAUCCUCUG